AUGUUCCUCGUGUUGAAAACAGAACUGCGUUUACCAGUGGCUCCACUUUUAGUUGCCUGUUGGCAAUAUUGGCAGAUUGAGUGGGUACUUUUGGACGAGUACAAAAGCACGGGUGUAGCAAGUGACAUAACAGAUAGUGCUUCGCGUCACAGGGCGCUCGCCAUGCCGCUGCGUCUGUCAGCUCACUGCUGCACGACCAGCUGGUGGUGCGUCCUUGCGGCGUUGGUUGCCGUCGCCGGAGAACCAACUGACCCACGAGCAGUGUACCACUCCGACGGUGAUUCGGGUGGACGCAACGUAUCGCUAUGCGUCGUGACGCUGGACGGCGCCGGCGACACGGCCGCCGCGCUGGGCGCGCUCGCGGCGGCGGCGCUGGGCGCGCGCGGGGUGCGCUCGCGCUCCGUGCACGCGCCGCCGCACUGCGCGCGGGGCGCCGGCGCCAGCGCCGCCUGCCGCCGCGCCGUCCUGCGCGGGCUGGUCGCGGGCCAGGCGCAAGUCGCGAUCCUGCCCUUGCCCGCCGCGCGUCCCCCGCACGUGCUGGAGCUACGCGACAACGGGCUGGAGGAACUCGGUGACGCGACACCGCCUGUGCGCCUCGCAUGCGCCGCUUCGGGAGACGCGGGCGCCCGCUCACUACUGGACUUCGUAGACGAGGCGCUCGCCGCUCGUUACGGCUCGUCGUCGCCCAACUCCGGAAUCGUAUCGCCAGAAUCGAUCUGCUCGAUCGCGAAUCGGACCGUCUACGAGUACACUCCAGAGUGGUGCGAGACGGGAACGCCCUGUGCCGUAUUGCUCACCGGCUACGAGGAGGAAGCGCGGGAACUGGAGGGAGCGGUGCGACGACAUCGGCUUCGGGUACGAGUGCGCGCGAUCGGCUCGUGCCUGACGCGGAUCGACUCCUCGUCGGCGACUGGACCGUCACUGGUGUGCGCGCGAGAGGUCGAUCCGGCUGCGCUGCGGCUGACGCCUAUAGGCACACCGCCGUGCCUCGCGACCGAAGACGUGUGCCCGUUCGAUCCGUACCGCCUCGUCAAGGUGGUGAACGCGCGCGAACUCGUCUACUCGCCGACCGCGUCUAGAAUACUAGGACGACUGGCCGUCACGGACGUAGAGCUGCGGGAGCUGGUGCGGCGGCCGGCGACCGGGGCGCGGGAGCUCGUGGAGAGACACCGUGAGUGGACGGCGGGCGGGGAGGUGCGCGUGGCCGUGAUGAUCCCGGCUUCCACGCAGCGCGAGGCGUUCGACGGCGCCGCCCUUCGCGCGGCCGCCGUUCUCGCGGAGCAGGACGCGCCGCGCGACGACGCCGUCGACUUUAAAGUAGAGCUCCUGGACGACGGCUGUGCGGCCACGCAAGCUUUUAAAUAUCUCACUGACGCACCUGGCGCCGAGUACGGCGCGCUGUCGGGCGUGGCGGGCCCGGCGUGCGGGGCCGCCUUCGCCGACGUGGCGCGCCAGAGCCCCGGCCUGCGCCUGCCCGUGCUGGCGUACACGCCGCAGGCGCCGCCGCCCGGCGCGGCGCUGUCGCUGCUGGCGGCGGGCGACUCGCGGCAGUACGCGCGCGCCUGGGCCGCGCUCGCCGCGCAGCUCGGUUGGCGCCGCGUGUCGUUGCUGAGCGAGCUGGCCACGCGCGCCACCGUCGACCCGGCUGACCUCGGACUGGACGUGGUGGUGCACGUCGAAUUGACAGCGGACCGCGGCAACGUAGACUUCGAUCUAAUAACCCGGUGGGCGGAGCGCACGGCCGCGGUGCACGGGCGCGUGCUGUACGUGAGCGCGGAGGACGCGCGCGUGGUGCGCGCGGCGCUGUGCGCGGGCGCGGGCGCGGGGCUGCUGCCGCGCGCCGGCGCCGUGUGGCUGCUGCCGGCCGCGCUGCCGCCGCGCUGGCUGCGCCGCGCGCCCGCCGACGCGCACAACUGCAGCGACGAGCGCCUGCGCGAAGCGGCCGACGGCCACCUGAGCGUGGCGCCGGCCUGGAUGCGGGCCUGGCGCGCGCCGCCCGCCUGGGAGCGGCGCUGGCGCGCGCACUGCGGCCGCGCGUGCGGCUCUCCGCCGCCGCACGCCGCCGCGCUCUACGACGCGCUGCGCCUGUGGCACGCCGCGCUGCGCCGCCUGCUGCGGGACGACCCCGCCGCCGUCGACGACAUACACUGCAACGCCACCGUCAGAUCGCUGGUACGAGACGCGACGGCCACUAACUACAGCGGGCUGACGGGCACGUUCGAAUGGGCCCCGGCCGGCGAGGGGCUGGCGCGCGUGUCGCCGCUCGUGCUGCUGCAGUGGAUCAACGGCUCGAGCCAGCGCGCGGGGGAGUGGCGCGAGGGCGCGGGGCUGUCGGCGCUGGCGUUGCGCUGGCUGACGGCCGACGGCCGCACGCCCGACGACGGCACCGAGCGUUGCGCGCUGCAGCCGCUGGCCGAGCUCCUGCACGCCGACUGUCGCACCGCAUUCGUGGCGCUCGGUGCCGUGCUGUUGCUUCUGCUGGCGAUCGCGCUGGGCGCCGCGGCCUACUGGUGCAAGCGCCGCGCCGAGCGCGAGUACAGGCGUCGGCUCGCCGCUCUCGGCUUGCGCGAGCUCGGCCCGAAGCCGGGAGGGCUCGACCGCUGGGAGAUUCCCCGAGAGCGCGUCGUCAUAAACCGUAAACUCGGCACCGGCGCGUUCGGCACCGUGUACGGCGGCCACGCGUUGCUGGCGGAGGACCGCGGCUGGAGCGCGGUCGCCGUGAAGACGCUCAAAGCGGGCGCCACGACCGACGAGAAGCUAGACUUCCUGUCCGAGGCGGAGGCCAUGAAACGCUUCGAGCACAAGAACGUGGUGCGGCUGCUGGGCGUGGUGACCAAAACGGAGCCGGUGUGCACCGUCAUGGAGUUCAUGCUGUACGGAGACCUAAAGAACUACCUGCUGGCUCGCAGACACCUGGGCGCCUCGGGCGAGGCAGGCGAGGAGGUGUCUGCGGCGCGGCUGACGUCGAUGGCGCUGGACGCGGCGCGUGCGCUGUCGUACCUGGCGCAGCUGCGCUACGUGCACCGCGACGUGGCGGCGCGCAACUGCCUGGUGAGCGCGCACCGCGUCGUCAAGCUGGCGGACUUCGGCAUGACACGGCUGGUGUUCGACAACGACUAUUACCGCUUCAGCCGCAAGGGCAUGCUGCCCGUGCGCUGGAUGGCUCCCGAGUCGCUGGCGCUGGGCGUCUUCUCGCCCGCCUCCGACGUGUGGUCGUUCGGUGUGCUGCUUUACGAAAUCGUCACAUUCGGCUCGCUGCCCUUUCAGGGCUUGAGCAACGCUGAAGUACUGUCUCGCGUCAAAGCGGGUCAUACGCUCGAUCUCCCGCCGGGACUCAAACCUCAACUCGCAGGGCUGAUCAAGUCGUGCUGGUCGGCGGACUACAAGGCGCGGCCGGGCGCGGCCGAGGUGGCGGCCUUCCUCGCGGAGUGGCCGCGUCUGCUGGCGCCUUGCCUCGACGUGCCGCUCGACGCGCUGGCGCUCGACCCCGAGCGCGACCCCACGCCCUGGCGCCUCGACCUCGACCGCGCCGAGGCGCGGUGGGUGUCGUGGGGAGCGCCGGCGUCGGCCACCACCGACACGACGUACCUGAGCUCGGACGCGCCGCCGCCCAGCGACACGGACUCGUUCCUGCCGUGA